AUGGAUGACGAACCGACGAGCAUAACACGGCAGCAACCAGAACUGCUUGCUUAUGCUCAAGUUCCUUUCGAGGGCACACGGAAUGGCAGGACCCAGGACCCAAACAACUACUUCAAGGCUGCUGAGUGGUCGCCUGACGGUACGUGCAUUAUCGCAAACUGUGCUGACAACCACAUUAGAAACUUUGUGGUUCCUCCAGAUCUGCUUGAGCAACGUGAUGAGACUUUGAAACUCGAAGUGUACUGCUCAAUUCCAUCCUUCGAGUCUGUCAAUACUUUCGCUUGCUAUCCUGGCUUCAACUUACAGGACCCUAGCACUACACUUGUGCUUUCAGCAGCCAGUGAACAUCCUCUUCGUCUGAAUUCUAUGAUGACCGGCCAGCUUGUAGCAUCUUACCCUCUUGUUAGUGCCACUACUGAGGCUUACUUGAAACCACAUUCGCUGCUCUUCACUGCAGAUGGCAACCAACUGAUUGCUGGUUCAGAGAACUUGAUAUCUAGGUUCGAUAUCUCUCGGCCAGGAGAAGGACCUAUAUCAUCAAUGAAAACUGGGCCGAAGAAUGCAAGAAGUUCAUGGUCCAACCCUGGCACGUCACUUCGUGGGUUUGUGUCUGCCCUUCAUAUAGAUCCUCAAUACAACGUCCUUGCAGCAGGGACUUUGACACGUCAAGUUGGCCUCUACGAUGCAGCUGGGGAAGGAGAAUGUGUAGGGGUGUUUGGACUGUCUGGUACUGAAGCUAAUGAUCUUGUUUCUGGAAACGGCGUCACGCAAGUGAGGUGGAGUCGAUGCGGGAGAUAUCUCUACGUCGCCGAAAGGCACAGCGAUGGUGCUCUCGUAUACGACAUUCGGAAGACUGGUCAGUUACUGUCAUGGCUAAUUCAGAGAAAAGCUAGAACAAACCAACGCAUGCACAUUGAGUUGAGUUGCCGCAACGAAGACAACGAGAGUGUUUGGGCGGGUGGUACAGAUGGCAAGAUGCGAUGUUGGGCAGCACCCCAUCUACGAGAGGGCGAAGUUGCGCCGGAUCAGGAGAUGCAAGUUCAUGAAGAUUCUGCCAAUAGUACUAGCAUGCACAGAUCAGCAUAUGUUCUUGCUACAGCUGCUGGUGAGCGUGACUUCGACGAUCUUGGCAACGCAGUGCAUACACCAAACAAGAAGCUAUCCGUGCAAAGGAACCUGCUCAAACUGUGGCAGCUAUCAUUUACAGCCAGAAGCGCUUACGGCUGA